CUCUCCUUUGCUCCUACUUUUCUCUAAGUCAACAUGAGUAGACAGUUUAGUUCCAGGUCUGGAUUCCAGAGCCGCGGGGGCUUCAGCUCUGGCUCUGCUGGGGCCAUCAGCUACCAACGCAGGAGCACCUCCAGCUCCGUGCGGCGUGUCGGGGGAGGUGGUGGGAGAUCAGGUGGAUUCUGUGGUAGUGCGAGUGGUCGCGUUGGUGGUUUUGGGAGCCAAAGUCUUUAUAACCUUGGAGGCAAUAAGAGUAUCUCCAUAAGUGUGGCUGGAGGUGGGCGCUCUGGUUUCGGUGGUGGUUAUGGUGGCGGCGGCUUUGGUGGCGGUGGAUUUGGUGGUGGCAGUUUUGGUGGUGGCAGCUUUGGCAGUGGUUUUGGUACUGGUGGAGGUUUUGGUGGUGGUGGUUUUGGCAGUGGAGGUGGUUUUGGUGGAGGUGGUUUCGGGGGUGGUUUCGGGCCUGCCUACCCCCCUGGUGGCAUACAUGAAGUCACCAUCAACCAGAGCCUGCUGCAACCCCUCAAUGUGGAGGUUGACCCGGAGAUCCAAAGAGUAAAGGAAAGAGAAACGGAGCAAAUCAAGACACUCAACAAUCAAUUUGCCUCCUUCAUUGACAAGGUGAGGUUCCUAGAGCAGCAGAACAAGGUGCUAGAAACAAAAUGGGAACUGCUGCAGCAGGUGGAUACCACAACUAGAACUCAGAGGUUAGAGCCAUUCUUUGAAAAAUUCAUCAACUUCCUCAGAAACGGAGUGGAUCAACUGAAGAGAGACCGAUCUCAGAUGGAUUUGGAACUGAAAAACACUCAAGACCUGGUAGAGGAUUUCCGGAACAAGUACGAGGAUGAGAUCAACAAGCGCACAAAUGCAGAGAAUGAAUUCGUGACCCUCAAGAAGGAUGUGGAUGCUGCUUAUCUGAACAAGGUGGAGCUUCAGGCCAGAGCUGACGUGUUGCAGCAGGAAAUUAACUUCUUAACAACACUCUAUGAGGCAGAGUUGUCUCAGAUGCAUACUCACAUCAGUGAAACCAAUGUUAUCCUCUCCAUGGACAACAAUCGCAGCCUGAACCUGGAUGGCAUCAUUGAGGAGGUUAAGGCCCAGUAUGAGGAUAUUACCCAGAGAAGCAAGGCUGAGGCUGAGACCCUGUACCAGAACAAGUACGAAGAGCUCCAGAUCACUGCUGGCAAACAUGGAGACAGUCUGAGAAAUACGAAGAUGGAGAUUUCCGAGCUGAAUCGACUGAUCCAGAGACUUAGAAGUGAUAUUGAUAAUAUCAAGAAGCAGAAUGCUCAGGUACAGCAGUCCAUCAGCGAAGCUGAGGAGCGUGGUGAGAAAGCCCUCAAAGAUGCCCAGAACAAGCUGCAGGAGCUGGAAGAGGCCCUGCAGAGGGCCAAAGAGGACCUGGCCCGCCUGGUGCGUGACUACCAGGAACUGAUGAACACCAAGCUGGCCCUGGAUUUGGAGAUUGUCACCUAUAAGACCCUCCUGGAAGGAGAGGAAGUCAGAAUGUCAGGAGAGUGUCCCCCGGACGUGACUGUGUCCGUGAGCACGAGCCACACUAGCCUCAGUGGAGGUGCCAGCCGAGGAGGUGGUGGCUUCAGCUCCAGUGGCGGUGGCAGCUACAGCUCCGGAGGAGGCAGUUACAGCUCAGGAGGUGGAGGUGGCGGCAGCUACAGUUAUGGAGGAAGCAGCGGGGGCAGAAGAGGUGGCUCUGGAAGGGGCAGCGGCCGAGGUUCUGGCGGCGGGAGCUCUGGAGGCAGCUACAGCUCCGGAGGUCAGGGAUCUAGCUCUGGGGGCAUCAAGACCUCUGGUGGCAGUUCCAGCGUGAAGUUUGUUUCCACCAGUUAUUCCCGAGGGUCCAGAUAAAAGGGUGCUUUCUACUCUAUUAGCUCUCUCUCUCCAUCACUCCCGAAUAGGCUAGGCAAGACCAGCCAAUUGCCCCAACCUUCCUGGAGAAAAGAGCUAUGGUCAGUUAUAUGGUUCAUCCUAGUUCCCCAGCUCUUUCUUUUCUGCUCUGUCUCCCAAAGAAGUUUCUAGAUCGGUGGCAAUCUCAGUCGCCUGGCUUCAAUCUUGAAAGGUGCUUUGCUUGAGAAACAGUCCAGCAAUUACCACUGCACACAUCCUAUUUCAAAGCAAGUCCUUAAACCAGCCAAAGAGGGCCAUUUAGACCCAUGGCUUCUUUGCCAUGCAUGGAGCACAUGGUCUGGAGAGCACCUUUGUAACCUAUCUCCUGCGGCAAGCUCUGUGCUGCUUUGGUUUUGUACAUAAGGAGUAAGCCAGUUUGCCUUUUGUGGAGAGGUCUUAAACUUCCUGUUUCUUUG